AAAAAAAGCAUCGAUCUUUUUGAACCUUUUUCGCAAGAUCGUAACUUUGAACAACACCUUAAACAAGCUUGUAACGGUUAUUCUUAUAACCUGGCUGAUAAAUUAACAAAUUAAUUCAAGUAUUGGUCUCAAAAUUAAUGAAAGCAAAAAGUUAAUGUUAGGAAACAGGACCUGGUGAAAAGAGACUCAAGCCCAUGUAUUCUAUUUCAUGCAUUUUAUAGCUCUACCAUUACACCAAAUAGAAAAACUAGAUGUUUUGUGCAUCCUUGUAUAGAUAUUUCCUCCCAAAAUCAGUCUGACAUAUUGUUGUCAUAACGUUGAGAUAUUCACUAAAAUUUAAAAUGAAGUUCUGAAGGUUUAUGAGCUUAGGGAGUCUGUAACCCCUGAAAACCACCUUUGCAAAAAUCCGAAACUUUACACUGAGGAAAACCUUUGAGUUUUUUUAUUGACUGUUGAUCAGUUGCACCUUGUGGGUGCAGGGGCUUGUUGUAAACAGAGAUUUAAGGAUAGGUCCCAGAGGGUCAUGUGGUCAUGCUGUCUUUCCGCCUCUUCGACAUGGAGGCUGAUCCCACCUGUCGCUAUGACUACCUGGAUGUCUACAACGGUCACUCCCGCUUGAUGCAGAAGCUGGGCCGCUUCUGCGGGACGUUCAGGCCCGGCGCCAUCAUCUCCACCUCCAACACCAUGAUGUUAGACAUGGUGUCGGACGACGCCACCGGAGGGAGAGGCUUUCUGGCUUCCUUCGCCGCAGGAAAGCCACAUGUGGAAGAGAUUCAGUUCUGUGGAGGACGGCUGACCAAAUCGCAGGGCUCUGUCAAGACGCCCAACUGGCCCAACUCCAAUUACCCAGCAGGCAUCAGCUGCUCCUGGCACAUUUCCGUAGAGCCGAGCAAUGUGAUCGAAGUAAAGUUUGAGAAGCUGGAUUUGGAGCCUGACACGUACUGUCGCUACGACUAUGUGGCAUUGUUUAAUGGAGGAGAGAAGGACAACUCAAGAAGAAUUGGAAAGUUCUGCGGAGACAGGCCACCAGGAACUAUAGUGACCAAUGGGAAUGAGCUCCUUGUCCAGUUCGUCUCUGACCUCAGCGUGACCUCAGAUGGCUUCAUGGCCCACUACUCCAGCGUGCCCCGUGGGUCCCGAACACCCACCGCCGGGGGAGACUUCAUCUACAGCCCUCAGACAACCUCCAUACCACAAAAAACAGCCGUGAAGCCGAACAAACCGAGGAAACCCACCAAACCAACCCCCAAACCUAGACCUGGUCUCCAGCCUAAGCCCACCAAAAAACCACUGGCAAAGAAACCGCCACCACGCAAACCUACCGCCAAGCCUGCAGUCAAGCCCUUGGCUAAACCCAAACCAGCUAAACCCACACCUAAGGUACCUGUGAAAAAGCCUGCACCUAAACCAAAAGCUAAACCUACACCCAAAACUAAGAUUAUCAAGCCAAUGCCCAAACCAAGCAUCAAGGCUAAACCCACACGUAAGCCUACACUGAAGACCAAGCCCACCUUAAAACCUGCUGUCAAACCAGUAAAGCCAGCCCUUAAGAGUGGAGUUAAACCAACAGUCAAACCUAAAGCUACACCUAAAUCAGGACUAAACAAGACAGUGACGAAGAAGCCUGUCUUGAGCAAGAAACCUUUACCGCUGAACCCACUGUGUACACAAGCAUGUAAGAGGACAGGAACUCUCCAGUCCAGCUUCUGCCCUCAUGACUUUGUGAUUUCGGGUAAGGUCACAUCUGUGACCCCUGGUCCAAGGGGCUCAGCAACAGUCAAGGUGACCGUGAUCAAGGCCUAUAAGACAGGAAGCCUCAAAAUCACCAAAUCAGGACCCGCCAUGUUGGUCACGCUGACUUCCACCUGCAAGAGAUGCCCAGGGCUAACCAAAGGCCUGAACUACGUGUUGAUGGGAAAAGUCGACACAACAGGCAACGGUCAUCUCAGCCCCUCCAGCUUCACUCUCCUUUAUAAACCUAUCCACGCCAAAGCACUGGCCACCCUCUCUCGCAAAUCAUGCUGACAUCACAGCCUAAUCCACCAAUCACAUUAACAGCCCUGAAAAUCUAUCGAAUAAAAUCUAACUUUGCAUAAAGACUGAAAAUAUUAUUUGUAAUAU